AAGCGUCUGGAGUCCUGGGGGUGCUCAAGCACCGAGGACUGUCAGAAUAAAUACUGCCUGUCCCAGGAUUACCGAUGGGCUUGUGCAUUAUCCAGAUCCAUUUCGCUUGAAUCUCCUCAAGCGAGUACUAGUACUGAGCUUCUGGACGCAGGUCUGCCGAGGGUAGAUGCUCCACUUCUACCUUUAGAAGUCUCGCUAGAUCGAGGCUGAUUCUAUCCUGUUGCAGUCUGAUUCGAGAUUCGAUUAGUUCUCAAGAUGGCUGUCCUCGACGAGUAUCUGUGGCUCGUGGUUGUAGGCGCUAUUGUCGCUUUUGGUUUCGGUUGGGGAACUGGUGCGAAUGACGUCGCCAAUGCUUUUGGUACUUCUGUUGGGAGCAAAACUCUCACCCUUCGUCAGGCCGUCAUCAUUGCCUCCAUAUUUGAAUUCGCUGGUGCACUGCUUCUGGGCCGUGUAUCCACCAACACAAUAGCAUCUGGUAUUGCGGAUAUAGAAUCAUUCAACCGAGAUCCAGAAGUAUACGCCUAUGGCAUGGUUUGCGCUUUGGGCAUUGGUACGGUGUGGCUGAUCAUCACCUCGUAUUGGGGAUUCAACGUGUCCUCUACUCAUUCUAUCAUUGGAGGAAUUAUUGGGUUCGCUCUGGUCUGGGAUGGUCCCAAUGCUGUUGUGUGGGCCAGGAAGGACAGUGGCUCGUUUCCCCCUUACAAGGGUGUGGUAGCCAUUGUCUUGUCAUGGUUCGUGUCUCCGAUUCUCAGUGGACUCACAGCCGCUCUCAUCUUCUUCGUCGUCCGUUCUCUGGUGCUUCGACAGAAGAAUGCUUACUCGUUAGCUUUCUGGACUUUGCCUCCGUUUGUCCUCAUCACCACCUUCAUCAACUUGUACUUCGUCUUUACAAAGGGUGCCAAAAAAGCUCUUUCUUCAAACGAUGAGUGGACCGAUGCCAAGGCUGCAUGGGUGUCAGCAUGCAUUGCAGCGGGAAUCACACUUCUCACCAUUUUCGUGGCUCUGCCACUCUUGAGGAAAAUGGCCAACCGCCAGUUCGACAGUGAUGGCAACCGGAUCGUGAAACCCGUAAACACGGAGCUUCAGAACGUAAGUGCCACUGGAGACCUGGAACAAUCUGGUGACAACACCGAGCCGAGGAAACUGUCGAACUGGCAGAAGUUCAGUAAGGCAGCCACUCACGGUAUGGACGUCGACAUCCACAGCGUGGUGAAGACCGAUGAGAAGAUCGGAGACAUGCACGAGGCAGCCGAGAAGUUCGAGGAGCGCGUCGAGUACGCAUUCAGUUACCUUCAGGUGUUCUCGGCGAUCUGCGUCAUCUUCGCUCAUGGCGCUGGUGAGGUCGGAUACAUGGCAGGUCCUUUGGCCACGAUCUGGGAUGUGUACCAGAAGGGUCAGCUUUCCAAAUCCGUGACGCCCCCUGUAUGGAUCGUGCUGAUCGGUGCGAUCGGUCUGGUGAUCGGGCUUGCCACAUACGGGUACAAUGUCACUCGAUCCAUGGGAGUGAAGCUCGCCAAGCUGACCCCGACGAGAGGAUUUGCCGCAGAGCUUGCGACAGCGUUCGUGAUCAUGAUUGCUUCGCAGUACGGUCUGCCCACGUCUUCGAGCCAGUGCAUCACCGGAGCCAUCAUCGGCGUUGGUCUUCUGGAGGGCUCCAAGGGAGUGAACUGGACCUUCUUUUUGAAGCAGUUUGCUUCGUGGGUGUCGACGCUUUUUGUCAUCGGCCUUUUCGUGGCCGCCUUGUUCGCCCAAGGCGUUUAUGCUCCCAGCAAGAUUCAAGGCAAGGAGGUGACCCGAUACGAGGAUCAAGUCACUACUUUUACGACACAAGUGUACACGGACUUCAACACGAGUCUCUUCAGCUACAGAGCAUCGAGUGAUGCCCUGGUUCUGUCAAAUCUCCCUCCGACCACUUGGUCGCAGUUGAACAAUUCUGUUCAAGCAGGUCUCACGCAAGCGAAAAAAUUGGUUGAUUCUAAGUCAUCCCAAACAACCGACGCCGAUCAGAUCAUGAGCUCCUUGUACAGCUCAUUGUCGCUACUUCAAAAUCAUACCGUUUUCACUCUUGGUCAAAAUACAGUCUUUCCAGGAGCAGAUGUUUGCAUGGAUCCGGCAAAUGCAGCUGCUACGCUUCUGAAUGUUCCCUGCGAGUCACCCAAACUAGUGUGAGAACAGUCCUCGAAGCAUUCUCAUGCUCUUCGGUUGUGCCCAUGGUCUUCCCACCCAUUCCGAUCAACUCUAGUUAUAAAUAUCCUGGGAGUUAGACCUGCACUCGCUGAGCCAUACAAGCUAUACACUCAUGUGGGAACAUUGUGAGCAUCCUCUGCCGGAUUCCACUCGGAUUUUUUAUUUCAUCCCAAUUGUGCUUUCCAAGUGCGUCUUUGGGAACCUUAGAUUUUUCGUCCGUACUUAGUGGGAACAAAUUCUGCUGCAAAAACAUUAGAGUCCAUACGCUACUUUGAGAAGUCCAGGAGAUGUGAGAUGGGAGAUGAAUGUUACGCUCAACAUCUCAUCGAAAAGAGCGGCCGGGCUACUGCUAGUUCAGUUACGAGCGACUUGUUAAAUAUCAAGGGUCCUUUGAUCUUUGUUUCCUAUAUGGUGAAACUUAGCAUCAUGUAAAGUGUUGAUCCAAGAGGCAAAUAUUUCCAAAUUUAAUACGUUUUUUUUUGGCUCGG